CACAGCGCGCGACUCAUCAGUCUGAUCUUAAGAUCGACAAUAGGAGGGUUUAUUGUAAUCAGCCUUUCGGACUCCCCAAGACAACGAGAAAGUGACAGCGUCACGCGAGCGCUCGGGCAGACGCACAGAACCCUAUUGCACGACGCGCGAGAGAGGAGGGCAGGACAGCUGCGGGCUCAUGAUCAAUGCAUUUGUCAGAUAACCUCCGAGCCUCUGGAGAGUGACAACGACCAAAAACCCAAGGAAAAAUUUUCCACAUAUUCGCCAGAAGUUCGUGCAGUGUGCCGUAGACUCUCGCCUGCUCCGGAUGAACAACAAUGGGGGAAUGGACCAUACUAGAAAGGCUUCUGGAGGCUGCUGUCCAGCAGCACUCUACUAUGAUAGGAAGGAUCCUACUAACUGUGGUGGUGAUCUUCCGGAUUCUAAUCGUAGCAAUAGUUGGAGAGACGGUCUAUGAUGAUGAGCAAACCAUGUUUGUUUGUAAUACCUUACAACCUGGCUGCAACCAGGCUUGCUACGACAAGGCAUUCCCAAUUUCACACAUUCGAUUUUGGGUUUUCCAGAUCAUAAUGGUUUGCACCCCGAGUCUUUGUUUUAUCACAUACUCGGUGCAUCAGUCAGCGAAACAGAAGGAGCGACGGUACUCCACUGUCUUUCUGUCCCUGGAUAAGGAUCAAGAUUCAAUGAAACGAGAUGACAGCAAAAAGAUUAAAAACACCAUUGUGAAUGGAGUACUUCAGAACACAGAGAACUCCACCAAAGAAGCCGAACCCGACUGUUUGGAAGUCAAAGAGAUCCCAAAUUCAGCCAUGAGAACUACUGGGAAGUCUAAAAAGAGUCGGCAAGAGGGUAUCUCGAGAUUUUACAUAAUUCAAGUGGUUUUCAGAAACGCGCUGGAAAUAGGGUUUUUAGUGGGUCAAUAUUUCUUGUAUGGAUUCAACGUCCCGUCGGUGUACGAAUGUGAUCGAUAUCCAUGCAUAAAAGAUGUCGAGUGCUAUGUUUCCAGACCAACAGAGAAGACCGUGUUUCUAGUCUUCAUGUUCGCGGUCAGUGGCUUUUGUGUGUUGCUGAAUCUGGCAGAACUCAAUCAUUUGGGGUGGAAGAAAAUCAAAACGGCGGUGCGAGGAGUGCAGGCGAGGCGAAAGUCCAUUUAUGAAAUCAGAAAUAAGGACUUGCCCCGAAUGAGUGUGCCUAAUUUCGGCCGUACUCAAUCCAGUGACUCUGCUUAUGUGUAGCACAUGGAGAGAGUUACCGAAGGGACAAUGUGCGAUGUGUAAAGAUUAAACCAAGAUGAACCCGGGAUGUACAGCUCCUCACACCUCAUCCGUUUCUUGACUUAAACGAGUGGGCAGAUUUUUUUAUUUGUUUGUCUUUUAUGGACUCCAAUGGCAAGCCUGGAUUCCACGUUUGUUGACUUAUUACAUUGCACUGAUUCAACUUUGUAGUGACGUUUAUACUAUGUAAAGCGCUACAUUUAGAUCAUGUCGACGUGUUCACGCAUUUACUCUACUGUACUUGAAGAGUGUAAAUGCAAAUUGCACUAAGAGGUGAACACCGGGGAGCCAAACCUAACCCGAUACGUGCUAUUGACAGUGUUUCAAAAACAGUUUCAAACCGAUUUUUGACAACAACAUACACCGGUUGAUUAUGUGUUCGAAGGAAAAUCUAUUAUCCAUAUUUAUAUAGGCAUAUGCCUAUCUCCAGAUGUAUAUAGGCAUAUGGGAUAAAUAUAUAAAUCAAUUUUGGCUAGAUUGACCUAGUUGAAAUACAUUAGCUCCAUUCGUGUUUUUUGUUGCCUGUGUUCGCACCACUGACCUUAACGUAUGUAAUCAUUCCAUUGCUAUAUGGCUGACUUGCAAAACAGUAUCUGGUGGAUUUGCUGCAAACGCUAACGUCUGUGACUUCCUUCAUUUACAAUACACCAAAGCGCCCACUGCUUUUAUUUGUGAAAAGUGUUUUCUUGCUUUCGUGUAAUCAAGUGCCAUACUUGUACAUAAACAUAUAUAUAUAUAAAUAUAUAUAUAUAUAUAUAAAUAUAUAAUAUUAUUCAACAUGAAAGAUAAUUCCCUGCUUGAAUUAUGCUAAAUGCUGCCCAUUUUUUUUGCUUUAAGUGUAUUUGUUGUGAUUUAAAUGGAAAGGAUAUAUUACAUCUCUCUUUUUAUUUAGAAAAUGACUGGAAAAUAAAUAAUGUGCUAGUCUUUUUUUUAUAUACGGGAAGAAAACGUUUCUCCACAACACAAUUGAUCUCAACUCAAAAUAGCACAAAUUGACCUUUUUAACAAACUAAGGAUGGGCAAUAAGUAUCUGCUCUGGUGCUACAGUUUUUCACAGAAUGGUUUUCAAUGUAACCAAAAUAAACCAGAAGAAACAUCCCUUUCUGUCGAAAAUAAAAGUGGGAAUCAUGUACACCAGAAACGUGUGAGGUGCAGUACUUUUCUGUCUGAAAGCUGAACUGGAAUGUUAGAAUGUUAGAUCCUAUAGCUGCCUUGUCUAGACCAUGGCUUGGUUCAGUGAAAAUGACAAUGUUUGCCACACCCACGAGUCUAUAUUGUUCCAUCCAAUGAGAAAACCCAUAUGAGAGCUUCCUUUGAUGCUAUCAGUAUCUGUUACCAUGUGGGUGUGCUGUAAUUCAUUUAAAUGGGAAUGAUGCUUCCAUGACAAACAUGAAUACUGCAUGUCCCAUUACAGUGUGCCCUGGGAAGCCCUAAUGUGAAAUGCAUUCUAACAUGCAUGUACUGUUCCUUCCCAGUCUUAGCUGACCUGACCGUGACUGUUCACAUGGCUGCUAUACUGUUAAUGACCUUGUAACCUUGACCAGGAAGCUAUUAGACAGACACACUGCACAAAACAUAGGAUGAUUAAGACCUGAUCUUUAUUGAUAGAGGACUUGGCCUUUUUUGUCCUCCACACAUCCCUUCUUCAGUCAUUUAUAGGAAGAGAGCAAGGGAGCGGCUCCGGACAAAGGGAAGGUCGUGUGAGCCUCGUGAAGGUCACUUAGAAGAAUGGAAAGAGAAAAAAGGUGUUAACUGUACACCAACACAAGAGGGAGAGAGAGAGAGAGAGAGAGAGAG